CGUGAACUCGGGAGGAUGUCGUUUCAAUAAACGUGCGCUUGGCUUAGAUGUUGACAAAAAAAAAUAUAUAUAUACAUAUAUAUAUAUAUAUAUAUACAAAUAUAUAUAUAUAUUCAAUUAAUACAAAUUAAUACACAAACAAUCGGCUCUUUAAUUAAUUUUCUUUUAAUUAUUAUGGGAGCGAAGUGAAGUGCGUAUUAAUGACAGAUAUAUGUGUAAAAAAAAUAAAAUUAAUUUGUAAUUAGCGCAAAAAUUAAGUGCAGUAUUUUUAAAACUAAAAAUAAACGCUCUUCUUUAAAUAACUAACUGCAUGACACGAUGGUCAAAAAUAUUUUUAAAUAAAAUUAGUAUUUAGUGUGCAAGGAAAAAUUAUCAAAGUUGAGCACAGAAAAAAAAGAGAAAAAAGUAAACAAAUAAAUAAAUAAAUAAUAAUAAUAAUAAUAAUAAUAAUAACAAUAUAAAAAUUCAGAACUUGAGUCUUUCGUAAUUGGAAAAGACUCCAAAGGACCGUAAGUUUUACAUAUGUUGAAACUAUCAUCAGGUAUGACUGUAACUGGUUUACGUGCAAAUAUGACUAGCCCGACGGUAACGCCACAAACUUCCAUGCCACCCAGCACCAGCAGUCCAAACGCGGUUGUUGUUAGCCCGGGCUCGACUAGUGCAGCAGUUACACCCACCUCUCCUUCCGCUUUAAUAAUGGCACAUCAACAGCAUUUACGUAAUCUCCAGCAGCACCAUCAUCAGCAUCAUCUUCACCAUACGCAACAACAUCCCCUAAAUAAGACCACAUCAAGGUUAAGUAACUUUAGUGUAGCUUCUUUGCUAGCAGACACUAGACCUCGAACACCGCCAGAUAAUGGCUUACAGUUAGCGCCAACAAAUUUAUCAAGUACUCCUUCGGCAGCUACGUCACCAGUAUCCCAUGAAUCUUCUUCCUCGUCACCUGCGUCUCCUACUCACAAUGCAAGUCAUACACAUCCGCAAUUUCAUCCGGCAACUAUGGCUCAUCAUGCCCAUUUGCUGCAUGCAGCCCAUGCGGCCGCUGCACAUGCUCAACAACAGCAUGCUGCUGCUAUGGCAGCCGCAGCUGCGGCAGCUGCUGGUGCUAAUCCCGCCACGGUGCAUUUAACUCAUCAUUUACCUGCUCAUCUACGUCAUCCUCUUAACACUGCAAGUGCCUGUACACCAACGGGAACAUUGGUUCUGAAUACCAGUUCACCGCUAACGGAUAAUAGUGCGAAUUCCUCUAAUGCUGCUAAUAAUAACAUUGUAAACACUAGCACUAACACCACAACUACACCCCCGGCCAGUUCUUCAAAUAGUUCCAUAAAUGCUGGAGAAAUUAAUGCCAAUAAUAGUGCGAUAAAUAAUAGUACGCCAGGACCGACGGCAAAAUGCGAACGUCAUUCGCCCAUUGGCAGUUCGGUGGAUUCAGAAUUGGAUUACGAUGAAGAUCUUAACGAUACAGAUAUUAUGGACCAUGAUGAGGAAGAAGAUUCGAUAGUCGAUAUCGAAGAUAUGAAUAAUGAGGAUUCACCGCGUUCUACACCUGAUAAUUUGGAUACGAGUAAAUCGCCAGCGGAAAUACCCAGUUCUUUAACAAAUUCCCCGCAUUUAUUAUCGCCUGCCGCUUUAGCCGCUUCCGGUCAUGUACCGAUACGACCGACGCCGUUUAGUGCUUUAGCUGCAGCGGCGGUAGCUUGGGGCGGUAUAGGUGGGGCUGGGGUACCUUGGCCUGGACCCAGACAAAUACCACCAUUUGGGCCACCUGGACUAUUUCCAGGUCAAGGUUUCGGCGGCGGAGACAACAAUGAGCCGCCGCGUAUAAAAUGUAAUUUACGUAAACAUAAACCGAAUCGUAAACCGCGUACACCGUUCACCACGCAGCAACUGCUGUCGCUGGAAAAGAAAUUCCGUGAGAAACAAUACCUCAGCAUAGCAGAAAGAGCGGAAUUCUCUUCAUCGCUACGCCUUACUGAGACGCAGGUGAAAAUUUGGUUUCAAAAUCGCCGAGCGAAAGCGAAACGUUUGCAGGAGGCUGAAAUUGAAAAAAUUAAAAUGGCCGCUUUAGGUCGCGGUGGACCCGGAGCGCAAUGGGCUAUGGCUGGUUAUUUUCAUCCUGGUCUCAUGCAUUUGGGUUAAUACCGAAAUGUAUGAGCGACUGAACAAUCAGCUUGAAGAAAACACCAAAGUAUCAAUUGUUUUUUUUUUUUUUUUUUUUUUUUUUAAAUUUUAUUUUU